GUCAUAAAGAAUUUACAGUCUCUGUCAGCUCGUCCCUGGCUCCCUGCCUGUCUCCAACGAAAGGUCCUUCCUUUCAUUUGCUCUCCACUUCUGCUUACGUCCCAAUUAAAUUCAAACUCCUAUCGUCACUCUCUCGCAAUACUCCGAUCUCCUUCGUACAACUUUUCAGCCAUUCGUGUACGUACUACUUUCACUUGCUAAUUGGGUAUAUAUGCUGUGAAGUUGGUAUUUUCGUUGGAAAACAAAUAUGUUUCUUGUUCGGCUUCUUCUUGCUUCAAUCAUCGUGGCCGUUUGCUUUGCAACUUAUGUUUCUGGAGCCUAUAAACUGCCCGGUGAUGAAGUUGAAGCUUUACGUGAUAUAUUCAAUACGUUGGGGAAAGACUGGGACUUCUCUAAUCCUUGUAGUCAUGAUGUAACAACAUCGACGGCCGGCUUGAAUAUUUAUGCUGCUGUUAAUUGCAGCAACUCAUGCGUCAUCAAUGGCAACAAGUCAGACCGCGUUGUGGGCAUAAUUCUCAAAGGACAAAAUCUAGCAGGCACUCUUCCUCCAAAUUUGGUGAAGUUACCUUGCUUGCAACUACUUGACCUCAGUCGCAACUACCUUAACGGUUCAAUCCCGUCGGCAUGGGGCUUCGUGCCGAAGCUGGUCCAAAUUUCCCUUUUAGGAAACCGAUUAACGGGUCCUAUCCCUGGAGCUCUUUCAAAUAUCAAAACCCUAAAGAGCUUGACGGUUGAGUUCAAUAAGCUUUCUGGAAAUCUUCCUGCAGAGCUUGGGAAUAUGUCCUCCAUAGAAAAUCUUUUUCUCAGCUCAAAUUAUUUUACCGGGCAGCUACCUACUUCAUUUGCAAACUUGACCUCUUUGAAAGAUUUCCGGAUCAGCGACAAUCAGUUUUCUGGACAGAUUCCCAAUUACAUUCAAAGAUGGAAAAACCUCACAAAAUUAUUUAUUCAGGCUAGUGGUUUGAAGGGGCCAAUUCCUUCCCUUGAUCCUUUGGAAAAAUUAACUGACUUGAGAAUCAGUGACUUGAAUGGAUCUGAAGUAAUUUUUCCGUUGGAAAACAUUAACGUAGCACGAUGGGAAGUAUUGAUAUUGAGGAAUUGCAAUCUUACUGGACGGCUACCCGAACCAAUAUUACCUCCCGGGGCUACGACAAAAUUGUCAACCUUAGAUCUCAGCUUCAACGGACUAAGUGGACAAAUCCCAAGCAACUUUGCAACACCACUACAUUCUGUAGCCGACAUAUACUUAACCGGCAACUUGUUCACUGGACCAGUACCUGAUGGGAUACUGAAUGGAGGAAAAAAUAUCGAUCUUUCAUAUAACAAGUUUAAUUUUACAAUUCAUGAAGAAUCGGAAUCAACAUCAUCAUCAAGUUGUCGACAUGGGCAAGGGAUCAACUUGUUCGCAAGUUCCUCGAUGGACAAGAUUGAACCUGGCAAUAUUGUUUCGUGUUUGAGGAGCUUACCGCGUUCAUGUCCCAAACAUCGCCGGUACAAGCUUCAUAUAAAUUGCGGCGGAGCAAAAGUAACUGUUAAUAAAAGUAUUAAAUUUGAUGCUGAUACAAAUCCUGGGGGACCUUCAAAUUUCUUCCUCGCACAAGACUGGUCGUCUAGCAGCACUGGUCAAUUUAUGAACGAUGGCCGCUCCAUAAAAGCUUUCAUUUUGUUAAAUUCAUCCGAACUCUCUACGAACGCGACGGAUCCCAAACUGUACAUGACAGCGCGCAUUUCUCCUCUCUCUCUUACUUAUUAUGCCUUUUGUUUGGUAAAUGGGAAUUAUACAGUAAAGCUCCAUUUUGCGGAGAUAGUGUUCACUGAUGAUGAAACGUACAGCAGCUUGGGUAGACGUAUAUUUGAUGUUUACAUUCAGGGAAAGCGAGUGUUGAAGGAUUUCGAUAUUGUAAAAGCGGCAGGUGGGGUUCGUAAACCAAAUAUACAAAGUUUUAAUCCUGUCGUGACUAAUAAUACCCUAGAGAUCCGUUUCUACUGGGCUGGGAAGGGGACAACUGAUAUCCCAUCCAAAGGAGACUAUGGCCCUCUGAUUUCAGCCAUUACUGUGGAUUCUGACGAUGAACCUUCAAGUAUACCUAGAGGGGCAGUGGUUGGAAUUAUCAUUGCCGGAGUUUUUGUUAUAAUAUUAUUUAUUGUGGCUAUACUCUGGUGGAAAGGCUGUCUAGGAGAAAGAUCAAGUGCUACUGAACAUGAUUUAAGAAGCCUAGACCUGAAAACCGGAACAUUCACCUUAAGGCAAAUCAAAACAGCCACAAACAACUUUGAUGCGGCAAAUAAAAUUGGGGAAGGUGGUUUUGGUUCUGUUUAUAAGGGCCUUUUGUCUGAUGGCACCAUGAUUGCAGUCAAACAGCUUUCUUCCAAAUCAAAGCAAGGAAAUCGUGAGUUUUUGAAUGAGAUCGGCAUGAUUUCUGCUUUGCAACAUCCACAUCUUGUAAAGCUCUAUGGAUGCUGUGUUGAAGGAAAUCAAUUGUUAUUGGUAUACGAGUACAUGGAAAAUAAUAGCCUCGCUCGUGCUUUGUUUGGGCUAGAAGAAUAUCAAUUACAAUUGGAUUGGCCAACAAGACAUAGAAUUUGUGUUGGUAUAGCAAGAGGUUUGGCCUAUCUCCAUGAAGAAUCAAGAUUGAAGAUUGUCCAUAGAGACAUCAAGGCUACUAAUGUCUUGCUUGAUAAAAAUCUCAACCCUAAGAUAUCCGACUUUGGUUUGGCCAAGCUUGAUGAAGAGGAUAAUACCCACAUUAGCACCCGAAUUGCAGGAACUUAUGGUUAUAUGGCACCUGAGUAUGCGAUGCGAGGUUAUUUAACUGACAAAGCAGAUGUUUAUAGUUUUGGAAUUGUUGUCUUGGAAAUUGUCAGUGGGAAGAGCAUCACAAGUCACCAGCCUGUGGAGGAAUCUCUACAUCUUCUUGAUUGGGCACUUGUUUUAAAAGAGAAAGGAAAUCUGUUGGAUUUGGUUGAUCCAAGAUUAGGCUCAAAUUACAGGAAGGAAGAGGUUAUGCGUGUGAUUAAUGUGGCUCUCCUAUGCGCUAAUGUUUCUGCAGCAGUUAGGCCUACCAUGUCCUCAGUGGUGAGCAUGCUUGAGGGCGGCGUGGUUAUUCCUGAGUUGGGUCCAACUUUAAGUACCAUAGAUGAUGAAAGGAAAGUGAAGGCACUGUGGGAUCAUUUUCAAGAUAAGAAAGAAUCGAGUAUGAGAAAUAGCCAGACCCAAAGUGUAUUAACAGAUGACACAUUGAUCACCGGUUCUUCUACAUUUUCUGUUAAUCAAUAUCCAAUCAAUAUGGACUCUAGUUAAUAGGAGAAAAGGAUUUAGAUAAAUGAGCAAUACUGCUCUUCAUUCUUAGUUCGUCGUCUUUAUAAAUUGCAGUACUACUAAUUAUUGCGACAUAUUUUAAGUACAGAUUGUUGCAUA